ACCCGAAUGGUUUGGGUAAAAUAGAGUAAAAACAAAAGAAAAUGGGUUCAAAUCCAGAAAGUAAUAAACUUUAGGGGGUAAAACGAAAACCUAUGACCGCGUUUUACACCUAUUUAUUUUGGCGGGGACUAGAAAUUUUUGAAGUAAAAAAAAAAAAAAGUUGGCGGCUUUCUGAUGAAACGUUUUACCCUCUAAAGCUCUUCCCAUGAGAGAAGCUCCUCGAAGGAGACGCAGAAAGAGAAUCGCAUUCACUGCUUAACUUAUCAGAUUGAUUCGUUUCAUUUGACAAUCGAAAGCAGAAGAUGGGAGACGCAAGUCACUUGGAGAAGAUGGGAAGAGAACUCAAGUGUCCUAUCUGCUUGAGUCUAUUUGACUCUGCAGCUUCACUUUCGUGCAACCAUGUGUUCUGCAAUGAAUGCAUAGUGAAGUCCAUGAAAGUGGAUGCUACUUGUCCAGUUUGUAAAAUCCCAUUCCAUCGUAGAGAGAUUCGAGGUGCUCCUCACAUGGAUAGCUUGGUGAGUAUUUACAAAAACAUGGAAGAUGCUUCUGGUGUCCACAUGUUUGUUAGCCAGAACAUACCAUCACCAUCAGAAAAAGAAAAGCAUGUUGGAGAUGCUUCCAUUGAAAGGAAAAAUGGCAAGAGACAUCAGGGAGCUAGUAAGGGUCGAGUAUCCAAGAUUAGAGGGUGUAAAAAAGCCAAGGAAAGAGAUCUUGAUGCUCCUGGACCUAUUGUUAUGAAACCUUCAUCCCAAACCAAGAAAAGGGUUCAGUUGUUGCAGAAUCAAUCUACUACUGAAAGCUUAACAAAAUCUACUGAAUCUUUCGAGUCAGCUGAAAAACUCAAGGAUUACACUGAAGAAACUGUGAUUCGCUUGAAUGAGCAUACGAGUCUGAAUAAAGUAGAAAAUAUGGCACCCUUCUUUUGGUUGAGAGAUGAAGAUGAUGAGGAGAGCUUAAGUCAGCCAGCAGAGAGUGAUCCAUUUCUAGACGUUACACCUGUUGAUGUUCCUUCUUUCAGCGACUUGAAGGACUCAGAUCAUGACAGCCCGUCGAAAGCAAUUGAGCAAGAAAGGCCCAAUCCAGGAGAAAUGUUUGACAGUGAAAUGUUUGAGUGGACUCAAAGGCCUUCUUCUCCAGAGAUUCUACCUAGUCCUGUGAAGGCCAAGGCCCUACGUAAAGAUGAGACACAAAUGAAUCUACCUAAAGGAGCAUCGUCCAAUAAAAAACGCAAAGCAGGAACUGCAAGAAAGACAGUUGCUAAACGACUCGUUGGGGUUUCCAAGGAGGACUACACGGAACCGUCUGCAGGAGCAACUAUUAGUGAGAAACAAGAGUCUGGUGGAAAUUCUGGCACAUCUACCAGGAAGGAUGAAAAUGUGAAAGCUAAACGGGCUACAAGAAACAAGGGCCAGAUUUCACUAGUUGAGGAGGCUGGCGUAAAUACACAUGUGGAAGCAGAGGUAAAGCAGGGGACAAAGAGGAAACGAUCUAGCGUUAAAGUCUCUCCGAAUCCCCCAGUUGCUGGAUCUAAUGAGCUCUCACUUGGAACAGAAGAUGUUGGAAAGGGGUAUCAGGAACUAACCCAUGGUUCAGCUGGCACACAACCUGAAAAACAAAGUCCCUCCGAGAAGUACUCUCUGAGAAAGAGAAUAAAAUCCAGUGCACCUUCCUUACCAAAAUGUUCUCCUGUGAUCACUAAAAAGAAGACUUCAGAAAAGAGAUCAAAACUUGGUUCCUCUUCAAUACCAAGCAGAGUUACACAAAUCAUUAGGGAUGAGUUGAAUCAAUUGGGAGAUAGACAAGAUUCAUCUAACAAAAAGAAACCGUCUGUGGAUGAAGGCACUCACACCAUGCAAGUUUCAGAGAAAAGCUCAACGAUGAACAAGCCCUCACUUGGAGAUAAUGCGCUUUUGCGACGAUGUGAUGGACCUCUAACAAGUAAAUUCACAUGCGCCUUUUGUCAGUCUUCCGAAGACACAGAGGCAUCAGGAGAAAUGGCUCACUACCACAGAGGUGAACCUGUCUCUGCAGAUUUUAGUGGUGGGUCUAAGGUCAUACAUGCUCACAAAAACUGUGCUGAAUGGGCUCCGAAUGUAUACUUCAACAACCUUACCGCAGUCAACCUUGAUGCGGAGCUGACGAGAAGCCGGAGGAUAACUUGCAGUAGCUGUGGACUUAAAGGCGCAGCACUUGGCUGUUACAAUGCGAGUUGCAAGAGUAGCUUUCAUGUUACGUGUGCAAAACAGAUACCAGAAUGCAGAUGGGACAAUAAAAACUUUGUAAUGCUAUGCCCUUCGGAUGCAUCCUCUAAGUUGCCCUGUGAAGAGACUAGUCCAAAGGGAAGAAAACGCAAGUGUAGUCCUCCUAAAGGGCUACAACACUCUCGGCCUAAUCAAGUAUCUGUAAUACCUGACAUCAGUGAGAACCAGAGCAAGCCUUUUCACGGAUUAUCCAAGAAACUUGUUCUAUGCUGUUCAGGACUUACAGAUGAAGAGAAGAGUGUAAUUUCAGAGUUCGCUGAACUGUCUGGAGUUACCAUCUUGAGAAAAUGGGAGCCAAGAGUUACGCAUAUCAUUGCAUCAAUCAAUGAUAAUGGAGCCUGCAAAAGGACCCUCAAAUUCAUGAUGGGGGUCUUGGAGGGGAAAUGGAUUCUAAGCAUUGAUUGGAUCAAGGCCUGUAUGAAUAACAGAGAAUAUGUGACCGAGGAGCCAUAUGAGAUUUCCAUAGAUGUUCAUGGAACACGACAAGGACCUUAUAUUGGAAGACAAAGAGCUUUGAACAAGGAACCAAAACUAUUUAGUGGACUGAAGUUUUACAUGAUGGGAGAUUUCGAGGUUGCUUACAAAGGGUAUCUUCAAGAUAUGAUUGUAGCAGCAGGAGGAACAAUCCUGCUCAGGCGACCCAUUGCUGAUGAUGAUAGUGAAGCUUCAACGAUCAUAGUGUUUAGUGUUGAGCCAAGCAAGAAGAAAACUCUGACACAAAGAAGAUCUGAUGCUGAAGCCUUGGCUAAGUCUUCUAGAGCAAGAGCUGCAAGCAGUUCAUGGGUCUUGGAUUCUAUUGCAGGUUGCCAAAUUCUAGACUUGAUAUAAUAAAAUUGUGAGACCACAUCUUUGGAUCAUCUCCUUCCGUACAGAUUGAGUGUUGAUUACUCAUUGAAUUUUGCAUUUUAGAUUUGACAAUCUGAAACUUGUUAUUUGAGUAGUUCUUCCUUGAAUAUAUGCGUUUACUA